UACAAACAGAUUACGCGGCUGACUGUCGACUUGGAUCCUCGUAAUGGCUAUCGACGGAGCACCUACAUCAGUACAACCGGUGGGGGGUCAGGAAGAGGGCCGCCAAUGAUCUUUGCCACUGACUCCGUGGAGAAUCAUCAACAACGAGUUGUCUUCGGAUCGAUGUUGAAAAUCUGUGGAAUUAUCGAACCUGGAGACUGGGUGUUGACAAUGCACAAUGCCGGGCAUUUGUACCGGCACGUCCCCUCCCCCUCCCUUUGUGUUUUACAAGUUGUGUUGAACAGUUCCUCACCGAUAAGAUAG